AUUUCAUCAGCACACAGACAUGCGCGGCAGGAGGGUCGCGACGUUGACUUGGCGCGGGAGUACUGGCGUGCGACGAUGGAGCUCGGUUUCAGGAGAUAUCUACGCUCAGAAGCUUCAGCAUCACUUGCUGGAUGGUGAGUUCCAUGCUGCCAUGGACAUGUACAAGCUGACGACCAAGGAGACGCCAAAGAGCUUGCAGAACGUGAUGGCACUGAUUGAGCAGCUCGCAGCCAAGAAAGAUGCUGCACGAGUGCAACGAAGCACGAUUGCGUUCUUCUUGAAGCAACAGCGAAUAUUGGCAAGUCCGCUUCUUGCUGCGUAUAACGAUCUGGACGUGGUACCACCGCCUCCUGCGUUUCGAGAGAUGCUGCUCUUCCUCGUCCAAGCAAGCGACUUGCCCCGAAUUGUUCAAGCUCUGCAUAUGGCUUUGGAGCAUCGCAUUCCUAUUGCUGCCGAUGCAUUCCAUCAAUGCUUCCUCCUCGGUCGCGACGAAGAGUACGAGGACUCUGCUGUCGAGGGCACGACCGCCGAUGAGUUCGACUGCCGGAUAUUCACGUCGCUCUUCUCCCGGUGCUGCGCAGCUGGGUUAGUUGCACCAAUGUCCUAUCCUGGCCUGGGAGACUCUAUUCUUUCGGCAUGCUUUCGAAGAGGCAUCCUUGACGAAGCGGUGGCAUGCAUUGCUCAGUUGCCACCAGGGUCUGUGCAGGACGUGGUGCACCAGCUCAUGCUUGCGAUUGUCCAAACUUCAUCUGACUUCACAGCUUCCAAGGUUGCUGCCACUCGACAAGCCUUGUACGAGAGCCUUGUAUCGUUUUACAAAUACCACGACCGUACGUAUGCUUGGCACAUUUUCCAACUCAUGGAACAGCAUCACCUCACCCUCCCACCGCGUCUGCUCAACGAUAUUGCUCUGUCGGUUUUAAAGCAAGGUGCGCGAAAGGAUGCAGUAGACGCUGUGGUGGAUCACGCGAUCCGCCAUCAUAUCCAUGUGGACGAUUCCGUCUAUUCGGCUGGGCUCGACCAACCUAACGCGCCACUGGACUGGGCACACCGUUUACUUGAAGCCAAUCAACAUGGCAUGCCACUAUCGUCAGCAUUGCUUGCCGACGCGGUGGUCAAGGCGCUUUGUCAUGAAGGUUACGAUUUGGCGAGCGAGUUGUAUGCGAUUCUGCUGUGUCAAAAUGAAGGGCAGCCUGCUCAUUCUGACCAUGCAAUGCUCCACUUGACGAUGCAAACCCUCGACGAAGCGAGGAGGCGCAAUGGAGAAGAUACCGCGUCCCAGCAGCUCAUUGUGGACGCUUUGCUUCGACGACAAGAGGAACGAGUGAUGGAGCUCUUUCACUUACUUGCAGUUCCUGAAAGGGCCUCCCGGAUCGACUCACCAUUGCUUGAAGCGCUGUUACCCGCUGCUCCUACAGCCAAAGAUGCCGCUGCCCUGUUCCGACAUUCAAACACCCACAACAUACCGCUGUCUGCAGCUGCAGUCGAGGCGUGUCUGACCAAGUUCGCAGCCCAGGCGCAUCAAGACCUCAUUGCAUGCGUCCGUGGUGUCGUCACUGCCAACCUCGUGCCAACAACAGUGGCUCUCCAGACACUCCUCGAUGCUGCCGUGCGAGGAAUAGACUCGGCCAUUCCCCUGGAAGCGCGGGACUGCGGCGGUACAGUUGCCCCAGAUGGCGCUGCUCCUCCAUUGUGAUAAAAUCGAGAUUUCACUAAAAAACAAUCAAAUAUUUCGGACAAUCAUGAAA